AUGCAGUUUUCCAGCAAGUCCAGCACCUACACCAAACAUUGCGGAAUCAUAUCACUUAACAACAGAUACAUUAUUACACCCAUUGACUCUGGCAUCAAUGGUAGAUUUAUACUAGCACACGUACAUUAUGCGACGGAAGAGGAACCAAACUCCUCCAACUCCAUAGCCACAAUACUCAACAUAUACGGCAAAGCAGCAUCAAGAAAAGACAACGUGGAAUUCUACACGGAAUUGAUGCAACACAGAUUUUUGAUACACAAGAUUACAACUACUAUUCAGAACAACAUGAUUAUUUUGGGAGAUUUCAACUACAAAUAUGAGUCUCGCCGAUCUAAUGGAACAGUCGAAGCAACUACAGUCGAAUGGAUAGCCUUAUUGGAGGAACAUUUCAUCGAUUGCUUUUGGGAAAACAAGAGCGCCACUUUUCAUGGAUCCAACAAUCUCCAUUACAUCUUGGACUACAUCUUCUGCAACAACACUUCCUAUGGAACAGUUACAGAGUGUACCCAGGAGUUUAUGAACUCGACAUGGACAGAUCAUGAAAUGCUGGUCAUUACUCUACAACUGCAAAAGGAUGCAACACAGGGGCCUGGCGCCUACAAAUGCAAUCCCUUUUUGGCCAACAACCACAAGUUUCGUCGUGAAUUGGUGAUCUUCUUGCAAGGUCUACAGCCGCAAGUUGAGCUCAAGACAGCCACCCAAUCCCCUCAAGAGAUCUGGGACUGGAUCAAAGACGAGUUUAAGGAGCAUGUCCGACAAUUCCAACUGGAAGAAGUCAACUGGCGUAGAAAGGCACUGAAGACGUUACAAGCAAAACGGAAUCGGUGUAUGCUAGCAAAGAAGAACCGGGGACUGAUAUUUCAAGGGCUAGACAACAUCAACCAACAAAUUGGUGCGUUACAAGACUCUAUCGCCGAAAUUGAAGUCCUCAAAUUAGGGAAGUAUUGGAGAGAAAAUGGAGAGAAAAAUGCUGGGUUCUUGAAGAAACUCACCGUAUCUAGACAGAAUCAACGUCAAUUGAAACAACUGAGGCAUCCAGUUACUCAAGAAUUGCAUUCUGAUCAAGGUACUAUGAGCUAG